AUUUUUUCAACCUCUUCUUCUUUUCACUCUCUCUGUGCUCUUCUUUUCCUCUCUAUAACUCUCUUGCAUGGCGAUUGGGGCACAAUUCCGCAAUUAGGCGUCAAAAUCGCUCUCGAUCGAAUCUAUUGCUUCAUGAAGAAGAUGUAAACUGUUACAGAUUUUCGAGCUUUUCAAAUCUAUUUGGAAGAAGGGAUAGAUAAUUGCGAAAGAUAGUUUCGAUUUGGGGAUUUGGGAUUUUUAGGGUUUGUUUUGUUUGUUUUUUUGUUUGGUUUUUAGGUUUUUUAAGGCAUGAAGGGUCAAUCUGAGAAGACGAAGGUGGUGGUGCGCCACUUGCCACCGACGAUUUCUCUGGUCAUGUUCAUGGAGCAAAUCGACUUUGCCUUUGCUGGGCGUUAUAACUGGGUUUCGUUCCGUCCUGGCAAGAACAGCCAGAAACAUCAAUCCUAUUCUAGAGCCUAUAUUGACUUCAAAAGGCCAGAAGAUGUUAUUGAGUUUGCAGAGUUCUUUAAUGGCCAUCUCUUCGUCAAUGAGAAGGGCACUCAGUUUAGGGCUAUUGUUGAAUAUGCUCCUUCGCAGCGUGUUCCAAAGCAGUGGUCUAAGAAAGAUGGCCGUGAGUGCACAAUAUUAAAAGAUCAUGCGUAUUUGGAGUUCCUAGAAUCAAUAUCAAAGCCUGCCGAGAAUCUUCCCAGUGCAGAGAUACAAUUGGAAAGAAGAGAAGCUGAAAGAGCUGGUGCUGCAAAAGAUGCUCCUAUUAUUACACCCUUAAUGGACUUUGUCCGACAGAAAAGAGCUGCGAAAAGUGGAUCUCGGAGAAUAUUGGCUAAUGGGAAACUUAGCAGAAGGGCUGGUGCAAGUGGAAGUCCUAGCUCAUCCUCAUCCAAACGAAGUUCUGACAAGAAGAGGCUUUCAACCACAAUGUAUGUGUUGAGGGACUCUGCGAAAAGCACAAGUGGAAAAGAAAAAUCAACGUACAUUUUGGUUCCUAAGCGAGAUGAUCAGCAUCUUUCUGAUAAAGCUGUAACUUUAGCUUCUGCAUCAGGAACUGAAGUAUUAGAAGAUGAAAGUGGAAUUUCUGGAAUUGCUGAUGCCAGGAAAAAGAAAAUCCUGCUGCUGAAAGGGAAAGAGAAAGAAAUUUCAACAUUGUCUGGUGGCAUGUCACAGCAGAAUGCAGCAUCAUUUGAUAAAAAUCAGACUAGCCCUGCUCUCAAACAGAGCCAGCGACGCGAGGCCAGUGGCAGGAUAAUCAGAAGCAUACUUUUAAACAAGGACUCACGUCAAAACCAAUCUUCUGGGGUCCAGUCUGAGCAGCAAAAUCAAACCUCAAAUUUCGAAAAGGACAAGCGCCCUCCUCGUCCUCAGCAUGUGCAGCUGAUUUUGAAGGAUGCAAAUGGUGAUUCAGAUGACAAGGUUGUGGGUAAUGACUUGCAUAGUUUUUCUGGUGAGAAGCAGGAAAAGCACACAAGAAGCAAGGAUAGACCUGAUCGUGGUAUAUGGGCUCCUCUUCGUCGAUCGGAUGGAUCAUAUGCAAGUGAUGAAUCCAUAUUGUCAUCUGCAUCUCAAUCUGCACAAUCAGGUGUAGAUUCUUCUCAAGGAAAUCUUGGAGAUACAAAAGUUGAUCCAUUAAAUUCAAGGAGUGGAGAAGUUAAAACCCUUGGAAGUGGACGUGGUGGUCACUCUUCUUUAGAUAAUGGAUCACAUAAACAUAUUGGUCGGAGGGGACCUCAUACAGGAAGAGAUGCGGAUGGCUCAUCUGGUGAAGGGAAGCUUUCAAAGAGAGGUGUUGCUUCUGGUUAUGGUUCCCAUGAGAAGCAAAUCUGGGUUCAAAAACCAAAUUCUGGUUCUUAGAGUUUUUGAAAAGUCAUUAUUUUGCAUUGGAAUGCAUAGUCCCAUGAAAUUUUGGAGCAUGCACUUGCUGUACGCGGUUGGCUGUCUCUUUUUACUGAACAGAUGGUCAGGUGUGAAGAAGUUUCAGCAGAGAAGGGUUUUCUUCGGGAAACCUAGAAGGGAAAGAUAAUGUCAAUGAUGCCGGAUAAUUGUGUAAUUAUAUACUUGGUGGAUUGCAGAAAAUCCCGAUCUUUAGUCAAAGACAGCUCAAAAUAGGAGGAAGAAAGGAAGGAAAAAGAUUAAAAAAAAAAAAGGAAAAAGAUAUCUUCAUUAUAAAUCCUAUAUAGGACCACAGAUUUCUCCAGGGUGACCCUUUGUGGGGUUCUACUCACCAGAGGAAGCCAUUGAUGUCCUCAUUGUUGCCUUUGACCGACUGCAAAUCGGGAUAUUCUAGUUCUAUAGGUUGAUCCCUCACUCUGAUUGAAACUGUAUAUAAGUAUCGAAAGCAAGAGCCUUACUUGAUUUCCCAUGUUUCUUAAUAUGCGUCUUGUUAAGCAGUCUAGCAUUACUCGAUUUGGUGAGAAUUUGUUUAUAGCCCCAUGUAUUUUGCAGGGCUAUCUAUAAUUGGGUUCUUGUCACUUGUCAAAGAGAAGAAAAGGUGGGAAGAUCUUUGUUUAGCUGUGCUGAGAGUAGUAGUGAUGGUAGAAGUUCGAGUAUGUGAAUGGACUGAUGGUUAAAUGGAGUGUUUUUAGAAGAGUGGAUGAAUGUUAUGAGACGGCCAGGAACUAGUUGGGUCUUUGUUAGUGGCUGUGAAACUUUUGUUAAUGGAAAGUUGCUUUGGUGC